AUGCAUGCUCUGGCUCGCCAUAUCUCCGCUGCACCCUGGACAAUUUCACCUGUGACAGCCGCUGCUCCGGUUUUUCCUCUACCCGAACCUGUGUCUCUCGCAUCUUCUCACAAUGUGGUAUUUCCCGUAUCUUCUGCUUCUUUAGACACUGUGCCCUAUCUAUCUUUAUCUAGAAAAAUUGAUUUUAGUGUUUCUUUGCCUUAUCAAUUUGUGUCUACCGUAUCUCAUGAUAAUUUUAGCGUACAAAAUCUGCUUUUACCUGGUGAUCCAUAUGAUCCUUUAACUCACAAUUUACCUAGAAGUACUGAAAAUUUAGUAGCUUUGUCUGAUUUGGUGGAUUCCUUGCCUUCUACCUUUGUUAUUUGCAAUAUUGCCCAGCAUUUCUCUUCUGAACAUGUGCCCAUUUAUGUUUCACCUAACCAAGACUCGGUUCCCUUUAUCUUUGUACCUCUGUCUAAAACUUCCCGAAAGGGAAAGGAGAAACUGUCUGUUUCAGGUACUGCAGAAAAGAGGAAGGUGUCUCAUUUAGAUGAUGUGAAAACUCAAUCUGACCAUGUUGUCGGAGAUGGAUUCAUGGCGAGCAAUAUAACGUUUGAGAAUGUAGGAAUUGGUUACCAAGCAGUAGCUUUCCGAUCCGACGCGGAUCACACCAUGAUAGAAAGCUGCGAAUUCCUGGGAAAUCAAGACACCCUUUACGUGAAAUCCCUGCGCCAAUACUACAAAUCAUCAAGGCCAAUCGAGGCGGAGAAUGUGGAGAACAACGUGGUGUCAGCCCACGGCAGGAUCGACCCUGCCCAGACAAUUGGUUUCGUGUUCCAGAAUUGCUCCAUUAACGGCACGGAAGAGUACUAUAAGAAUCCCAGCGUGCACCAUAAUUAUCUUGGACGCCCCUGGAAGGAUUAUUCCAGGACGGUUUUCAUAAUGUGUAGCUUUGGGGAUAUUAUUUCCAAGGAUGGAUGGAUUCCAUGGCAGGAUGAUUAUGCUCUCACCACGCUUUAUUAUGGGGAAUUCCAGAAUAGGGGAGCUGGUGCCGACACAUCGGGGCGCGUCAAUUGGAGUAGUAUUAUUCCGGCACAGCAUGUUAACUCAUAUUCGGUUCCCAAUUUUAUCCAGGGGGAUAGAUGGAUUCCUAAAUCUGCAGUAGCCGGCUAA